UUGAGGGGCAUGCGCAGAUGCGAGCGCCAGAUGUCAAUUUCUUUAAUGGCGGCUGUUAGCUUUUUAGCUAACAACAGUCUCCGUUGUACGUGUCUUUAAUUGCAUAUUAACGUUUGAGAAUCUAAUUAUGUGCAGCUGAACCAAUAACCUGGGAAAUAUAUAUCAUAUACUGAGAAAAUUUGACAUUUACAAUGUUUCGUAGCAGCACAGAAGAGAUAGCAACUAGUGACACUUCAGAACAUGAACAGACUUGUGAAGUUACUCCAGUUGACACAAUUGCGUUGAAUGAAACCACUUCUUUCAACCCAGUAUCAGCUUCAAGCUCGGAUGGAGGCAGUACUCGUUCGAGCAGUGGUCCAUCACGACCUCGCCCAGCACCAGGUCAGUUCUCCAACAGUGUCCAGUUAGUAAGCAACAAUCCACCCCACCUUGUCUCUACAUCAGACAGCUCCUCCCUCCACAGCCGCGGAGGAAUGCCAAAACUCAGGAGGGCCCCAGGUUCAGCAGUGGCCGCACAAACUGCACGGACACCACAUUGUGAUUACACUGCCCCAACCAGUUGCCCCUCUUCAACCACAACGUCUGCUGCAUCAGUGAUUGUGGCAGUGGUUGAAGGGCGCGGCAUGGCCAGGGGAGAGAUUGGAAUGGCCAGUCUUAACUUGAACUGUCCAGAGCUUGUACUGUCUCAGUUUUCAGACACUGGAACCUAUGCAAAGGUUAUAACCAUGGUGCAUAUCUUGUUGCCAAUGGAGAUACUGAUGCCAGACACUGCUAGUGAAAAGGGAAAAGGGACAAAGCUGUUCAACCUUAUCACAGAGAACUUCCAGGGUGUUGCUUUUACUGCAAUCCAAAGAAAAUAUUUUAAUGAGAAAAAAGGGAUGGAGUACAUCCAACAGCUGUGUGCUCCAGAAUUUAGCACAGUCGUCAUGGAAGUUCAAGCCAAAUAUUAUUGCCUAGCAGCUGCAGCUGCUUUGCUGAAAUACUUGGAGUUUAUUCAGAACUCUGUGUACGCUGCCAAGUCGCUUAAAGUGAGCUUUAAAGGAAGCCAACAGACGGCCAUGAUCGACUCUAUAUCAGCCAGAAACAUGGAGCUGGUGGUCAAUAAUAAAGACCACAGAAGCGACCAUACUCUAUUAGGCGUGCUUAACCACACGAAAACUCCGGGGGGAGCCAGAAGGUUACGCUCUAAUAUUCUGGAGCCUUUGGUGGAUGUGGACACCAUCAACACACGCUUGGACGCCAUUCAGGAGAUGCUGCAAAAUGAAGAGUUUUUCUUCGGUUUGAAGAAUGCUGUAGCUCCUUUCCUUGAUAUUGACCAGCUGCUCUCUGUUUUGGUCCAGGUCCCAAAACAAGAAACGGUUCCAAUAGCAGAGGCAAAGAUUACACACGUGAUUCAGCUGAAACACACUUUGGAUCUGGUGCCACAGUUGAGGGUGACAUUGAAAAACUGCAACACAGCUCUUCUCAAGGCAUACAGUACAUCGCUGGAAGACAACAGAUUUGACAUAAUCUUGAAGCAAAUCCACACAGUGAUUAAUGAUGACACUACCUACCUGAAGGGGAGCCUCAAUAUGCGCACGCAAAAGUGCUAUGCAGUGCGACCUAACAUCAACGAGUUCCUGGACAUUUCUCGUCGAGCAUACACUGAAAUAGUGGAUGACAUUGCAGGAUUUGUAAACCAGAUGGCAGAGAAGUCUGGCUUUCCCAUGCGCACCAGCUUCAGUACAGCUCGUGGCUUCUUCAUUCAGAUGAAACUGGAAGGAAUAUUCUUGCCCAAAGGGAAACUUCCUCCAGAGUUCAUCAAGGUCACCAGACACAAGGACAACUAUGGCUUCACCACCACAGACCUGAUGAAGAUGAAUGACCGCUGUGAUGAGGCCCUGAAGGAAAUCUUUCACGUCUCCUACGUGGUGAUAUGUCAACUGCUCAGCACAAUCCGUGAACACAUCCACUGUCUCUACAAACUGUCUGAUGCUGUAUCCAUGCUGGAUAUGCUGCUGUCCCUGGCAAACGCAUGCACCAACUCAGACUAUGUGCGUCCAGAGUUCACAGACACACUCGCUAUAAAGCAAGGUCGCCACCCAAUCCUGGAGCGAAUGGCCAGACAGCAGCUUGUAUCCAACAACUGCUACAUCUCUGAGGGCAGCAACUUUGUCAUCAUCACUGGUCCCAACAUGAGUGGGAAAUCGACAUAUCUAAAGCAGGUGGCACUAUGUCAAAUCAUGGCUCAGAUAGGUUCUUUUGUCCCUGCUGAGUAUGCUUCUUUCCGUGCCGCUGAUCAAAUCUUCACAAGAAUUGGCGUGGAUGACAAUUUUGAAACCAGCUCUUCCACAUUCAUGUUGGAAAUGAAGGAAAUCACAUAUAUAGUCCACAACGUUAGCGAUAGGUCCCUCAUCAUCAUCGACGAACUGGGACGUGGAACCAGUGCAGAGGAAGGAAUCGGGAUCUGUCACUCUGUUUGUGAGUUUCUCCUCAACUUGAAGGCUUUUACUCUGUUUGCAACACACUACCUUGAGCUGUGCCAACUGGAGUGUCUGUAUCCCAACGUGGAGAACCAGCACAUGCAGGUUCAGCACACCCGCACUCGUGACACUGGCGCCGAGAAUGUGGUGUACACGCACUUACUGAGUGGAGGAUACUCCGAGGAAAGACACUACGGCCUUAGGGCAGCAGAAAUGACCUCGCUUCCUUCAAGCAUAAUCCAGGAAGCAAAGACAUUUGCUUUUAAUGUCAGCAAGCAGCUUUUGAUGUUCAUAAAAUGUGUUUUUAUUGUUGAUCCCAAGGCCAAGCAUAAGAGUAAUCCAAAAGCAGAGAGGCAGCGUGUGCUAUACCGCUUGGCCACACGCCUCCUGCAGACUGCCAGAAACUCUAGACUUGACCCGGACAGCCUGCGCAUGUACCUAAAGGGCCUGAGGAGGCAGUAUGAGGCAGAGCUAGAGGCUGCAGGGCAGCCAUAAUCCGUGGACACUUAAAAGAAGAAAUCAGUCUGAAAAAUAAAUAAUAGAUGGUGUUCAGUUAGCAUGUGCAUAUGAGAAAAUAAAAAGUCUGUGUCUAUAAUUGUUUUUUAUUGGACAUAAAUGCUUAUAAUGUUAAGUGUGGCAUGUGCUUUAAAGGGGAACAUUAUCACCAGACCUAUGUAAGCGUCAAUAUAUACCUUGAUGUUGCAGAAAAAAGACCAUAUAUUUUUUUAACCGAUUGCCGAACUCUAAAUGGGUGAAUUUUGGCGAAUUAAACACCUUUCUAAUAUUCGCUCUCGGAGCGUCGGGAAGCAA